GAAAGAAAGCAUCUUCAUAUUUAGGUUAUGCAUCGUUUCUCUAGAAGAAGCAACGAAAAAAUCAGUUAUGUAUAAGUUGACCGUCACGAGCUGAAAGAAAAUAUAUGAAUAAAAUGUAUCUGAUUUUUCUCUUCUGGUUUUUUCCUCGUGAUAACAGGAUUUUAUUCAUAUAUUUUCUUUCAGCUCGUGACGGUCAACUUAUUCAUCACUGUUUUUUUCGUUUCUUCUUCUAUAGAAACGAUGCAUAAUAUAAAUAUGAAGAUGCUUUCUUUCACGUAUACAGGUGUCUGUCAAACAUUCUCGGUAAGACUAUGUUAUUCAUGCAUGAAAAAUACCCACUGUCAUUAAUGACUUGCUAAAUAUUUGAGCGUAUAAAUGUACCGUUUCGUCAACAGAACAGAACAGAUGUUUAGAUAUGAUUUGAUAGAUCAUUAUAUUCUCUCUACUUCAAACAUAAUCUGUAUGGUUUUUUUUAUAUUCGGUUGAAGACAGAUAAAGAUGAUUUCGGGUUUUUAGAUCCUUUCCAUUCAAUUCAGUGAAUAGUUUCUUUUUCUUUUUUUCUUUUUCGUCAUUUAUACUAGUUUAAUGCAGAAGGCACUUGGAAUAAAACGUGGAAUAUGUCGAAGGAAUUAACGAUAUAUCAAAAGGAAAAAAACAGUUUUUUAAAUUCAUAUCUAUUUUCAUAUUUUGUUUUUUUAGAGAAGGAGAAGAUUGACCUCAACAUACAAUUGAAACACAGCAUCCUUCAAAUGGCUGAAUUGAAAAUUAAUCCAGGUAAGAAACGAAACUAAUUUUAGUUCUGAUCCAAAUAAACACAUUUUCUCGUUUUUUUUAAAGAGAUUAAUAUGGAAAGUGAAGAACGAUACUGUACGAUUCGUUGGUCGAAUACUAAUGAUUUUGAAGUCAUUUCUGAAAAAAAUAUUGCAAUAUUCGAAUCAUGCAUGGUUACAAUCAAUGGACAGCAGCGUGAAGGGAUCAUUCUUCACAAAGGUAUUGUUAAUAAUUGUACUCAGAUUAUAGACAUAAUUAUCCGUAGGAACCAAAGAAGAAAAUGAUCUCUUUCUGUACAAUAUCGCUCGACGACCACUAGGAACUAAUGAAAAUAACCGUAAGGAAUAACCAAAGUCUAUUCAUAAAUAUUAAUUAUAUUAAAUUUAAUCCGAAUUAGAAAAAGCAGCAUCUCCUAGUGGUAAUGGUAAUCGUGCAAGUCCUGAAAACAACGUUGCAUUGAACAUCGAACAUCGUCCAGAUGAAGACGAAAAUGAAGAUGUUGAUGAGGUCGACAUUGUUGACGAGAUAAGCGAAGAAAAACAUCAGGCGCAAUGUGAUGGAUGUAAUAUAUAUCCAAUUGCAAGUGAUCGUUACAAAUGUUUAAUAUGUGACGAUUUCGAUUUAUGUGUUCCGUGUUUUGAACGUCGAAUAGAGCCAAAGCAGCACAAGAGGGGACAUCCUAUGGUUCAUUUUCGUUUUAAUAAUGAACUCUUUGAUCGAAUAGUAAAAAGCGCCGAUAUAACACUUGAAAAACUCGAAAAGUUUUAUGUAGAUGAACUUCAUGAGUCAACCCCAUGUGAUGGAUGUGAAGUAGAUGAAAUUCGUGGCUUACGUUUUAAAUGUGAUAUAUGUCCAAACUAUGAUUUAUGUCAAAAAUGUAUGCAUGCUGGUGUUACGAAUAAAAAUCACAAAUCUUAUCAUCCGCUGAUUGUUGCAUCUGAUCGGAGUCUUGCAGAAAUAGAGUACGAAGAUGUUGAACUCGGUGAAGAAUUAGGACGCGGUGGAUUUGGUUGUGUAUAUAAAGCUUACUGGAAACCAAGAGAGCUUACAGUGGCUUGCAAAGUCAUCACCGCACAUAAUUCAACUCUUACUAAUGAUUCUGAAAACAGUUUUUUUAAAGAAGUAGCCGCAUAUAUGGAACUUUCUGGUGGUUAUAUUCUCAAAACGUAUGGAAUUGCACAUACUGAAGAAGGCGAUAUUGAAAAAUAUAUGAUUAUCAUGGAAUAUAUGCCACUUGGAAGUCUUGCAAAAUUUUUAAAACAUAACGAAGGACAAAUAUCUCUUCGUCGUAAAGUUAAAAUAGCCAGAGAAAUAGCCAGUGGAAUGCGAAAAAUCCACGAACAUAAUAUGAUUCAUCGAGAUAUUCGACCGGACAAUAUUCUGAUCACUGAUAAUUAUACAGCCAAAGUUGCCGAUAUGGGAAUUGCACGAGUUUUGGAUCCGGUUCUAAAACACACUCAAACUGGUUGUAUCUGUUAUAUGCCACCAGAAUUUUGGAAAGGUACUUAUGAUCAAAAACUUGAUAUUUUUACAUUUGGUCUAACAUUAAAUGAACUCUUCACCGAAACUCAACAUACAUUUAAUAGAAAUGCUGCCAAGAAAAUUACUUUACAAACUCAAAGUCCUAUUUUUCGAAGUUUAAUCGAUCGUUGUACUGCUGAUAAUCCAAAAGAUCGACCGACUGCAAGUGAAAUCGAAUAUACAUUGGAUGUAUAUGCUCGAUAUUUCGAAACUGAAGUUAUAGACCAGAAAAUUCCCUAUUUGGAUUUAUCUAUUAAACAUAGAAACAAUCUUUUUCUCCAAUUUUAUAAGGUGUUUCAACCACGUGCAAAACGACGUAUUCUCGAAAGAUUUCCACCGACAACAACUGACGACUCUUCUGAUACAACUACUGUGAUAAUAAAGAAAAACGAUAAUGACUCAUCGGACUGUGUUAUUUUAUAG